AUGGUCGGCUCCUGUUGUGGUCCCAUCUGCUCUGACCAGGGCUGUGGCCAAGUCUUCUGCCAGGAGACCUGCUGCCGCCCCAGCUGCUGCCAGACCAGCUGCUGCCAAACCACCUGCCGCCCCAGCUGCUGCCCCCCAGCCUGCUGCCAGACCCCCUGUCGCCCCAGCUGCUACCGCCCCAGCUGCUGCCGCCCAGUCUGUUGCCAGACCACCUGCCGCCCUGUCUGCUGCCGUCCAGUCUGCUGCCAGACCACCUGCCGCCCCAGCUGCUGCCGUCCAGUCUGUUGCCAGACCACCUGCCGCCCCAGCUGCUGCCCCCCAGCCUGCUGUCAGACCACCUGCCGCCCCAGCUGCUGCCGUCCAGUCUGUUGCCAGACCACCUGCCGCCCCAGCUGCUGCCGUCCAGUCUGUUGCCAGACCACCUGCCGCCCCAGCUGCUGCCCCCCAGCCUGCUGCCAGACCACCUGCCCCCCAGCCUGCUGCCAGACCACCUGCCGCCCCAGCUGCUGCCAUCCAGUCUGCUGCCAGACCACCUGCCGCACAACUUGCUGUCUCCCCAGCUGCUCUCAAUCCUCUUGCUGA